AUAUGUAAAAGAGUUAAAUGAGAUGGCAUUGUGCAGCUUGGAAGUUGAUAAGUAAACAGUUGAUUCUGUUGUACGGUGUCUAAGGGGGGCUCAAUCAAAGAAAUCGCCUUUUAUGGUAUUUUGAAAAUAUUUUUUCCAACCAGCGUUGAGAGAUUUUAUUUGUUUUUAUUUAUAGUUUUCCCAGUCUGGGAAUCUCGCGACUCCCUCGAGAACGGGCCGAUAUCGGUAUCCGACGUUAUGUUCCCCCCGAUUAAAUGUUCUCCGUGCCUUCCGAUAAACACAAACAAUUAGAUCUCUUUUUCUUUUCUUUUUCCAUUUUUUUAAAUUCUUUACACCGAUUCUGCGAAAAUACGAGGCCAGAAGUUCGACCGACAUCACGGUUCAUCUAUGUGACAGGCUGCAUUUGAAGAAGAACGAGAAAAAAAAACUUUCUCAAUGGGAGUUUGAUCGAUUUUUCAAUUUCUCCCCUAUAAGUCUUUUAUUGUAAACCCCCAACGAAAAUGUCCGGGCGUAAAAAGAAGCCAGGAUUAAAAAUUUCUGUACCUGAAGAAGCCCCUAUCAUUGCUCCCCCUCGUAAUUUGGAAAGAAGAACUACCAUAACUAUUGGAGAUAGGACUUGUGUCGUUGAGGCCGAUGAUCUCAAAAAAAUUGGCGAUUUAGGCCGUGGGGCAUAUGGGAUUGUAGAAAAGAUGAAGCAUGUGCCUUCUGGCACAAUAAUGGCUGUGAAGAGAAUUACAACGUCUACAGUUAACACAGUCGAACAAAAACGGCUCCUAAUGGAUCUUGAUAUAUCAAUGAGGACAUCGGACUGUCCUCACACUGUGCAAUUUUACGGAGCACUGUUUAUGGAGGGCGAUGUUUGGAUUUGUAUGGAAGUCAUGGAUAUGAGCUUGGAUAAAUUUUACGUCAGAUCGUACAAAAAUGGUUUAGUCAUACCAGAGCCAAUCUUAGGAACGAUUGCAUUAGCUGUCGUUAACGCUCUCCAUUAUCUACAUACAAAACUCAAAGUCAUUCACAGAGACGUAAAGCCUUCAAACAUCCUAAUCAACAGACGAGGCGAGGUGAAAAUGUGCGAUUUUGGAAUUUCUGGAUACUUAGUAGAUUCUGUAGCCAAAACGAUCGAAGCUGGUUGUAAGCCUUAUAUGGCACCGGAAAGAAUUGAUCCUUCUGGAAAUCCUGCCCAAUACGAUAUACGUUCUGAUGUUUGGUCGUUAGGAAUUUCCAUGGUUGAGUUAGCCACAGGAACGCAUCCUUACAGCAAAUGGGAAAGCCCUUUCGAUCAGUUAAAGCAAGUCGUCAACGACACUGCGCCUAGACUGCCUGAAGGAAAGUUUUCACAAGAAUUUUCAGAUUUUAUUGAUCAAACUCUGCAGAAGGACUGUUCCAAACGGCCAAAUUACAUCCAGCUGUUGAGCCACCCUUUCUGCGUCAAGCAUCGCACAAGCCCGACUGAUAUUUCAAAUUUUACCUCCCAAGUACUUGAUCUACCCGACCCAAUAACUCCUAAAAGUUAGUUGUUUAAUCUUGCUCUAAUCUGUCUCUUAUAUGCUCACUCUGAAUACAGCAAGACAAUAACAUUUUUUUUUAAAUGUAUUCAGAUUAUUAAAAAUCCGAGCCAUUGAAAAAAAAGAGACAUUGGAAUGAGCAUGGAAAGUGUACCUGAAAAUAAAACCGCCUACAUCACUUA